AUGACAUCUUGUCAUUCAGACCAUUCUCCAGAAAAGAAGAAGAAAAAGCAAGACUUUAACACAACACGGGUCUCAACUCAAACUGAAGAUCGUGACAAUUCAAAACUUCUUGAACGAAUAUGUCGAUAUCAAUGUUUCGUAACGUAUGGUGCACAUGAGAUAUUCCCAAUAAUGGACACUAGCAUAAUGCAUAUCAUGUAUAGUCAAAUGUUAAAAACUGUUGUUGAGCAGUCCUCUCAACAAGGGAAGGAAUUAGACUCUUCUAUUUUUCAAAUUAACGAUCUUCAUGGAGCAGCUUUAAUGGUGUUCUUAUUUCAAAGCGAAAAAAGAGAAGUUCAACAAAUGCCACCACAGCACCAACUGUGCCAAAUGGUGAAAUGGUAUGAGAAAAGAUGCUUAACUGUCGAUCAGAAUUAUUAUUAUUAUUCAACACAACCUGGGGUAUCAAUGUCAGAAAUAAACAUUAUCACCAACAAAAAUCAAGAAGGCAGUUCAUCCAAUUCUACUCAGGUGAAUCUGCAGUCAGAGAACAUCAAUACUACAACGCCGACCACACCGAUCAAUCUUGAGAGAGAAUCAAACAUGUUACAAAUGGAAUCAGAAGAUGCAAUUUCUGUGGGAUAUGAAGAGUUUGAACCUUUACCCUACAAAUAUUCAUUUUCAAAAUCUUUCAGUUCCGAACAAAAUCAUGUCUAA